AUAACACAUGUGAUUAAUACUCCGUUAAUCGCAAAAGAAUAUUUUAUUUGAUUGUUAAGUAGAACUUAAUAUUCAUACGCUUCGAUUCCAUCAUGGCGGACAAGACCGCUGUAGCUGAGUUGAGACUGAGUGAUGUUAAAGUUGGCCAGCUGCCACGCUGGCUGGCUUCAUGUAACUUCUCUCCAGCCUCCAUUGGACGCGCCAUAAUCCGAGGCAAAGACCGGUACUUCAACAAGUAUGUCAACGUGAGGAAGACGGGCGUGGCCCCAGUUAGCCACUUUGUGUUCGCUUGCAUCUUUGUCAGCUACAUUUGGCGAUUCAAAGGCGAGAAGCACCAUCGUCUCAGGAAGCAUCACUGGUAGCCGAUUCACCGGUGACCUCUAUGCAGUGUGUGAAUGAAGUGCUGUGGAUCAACAUGUGCGUCUUCUGAACACAUCUUGAAGCAAAGAUCUAAAGAUUUGAGAAUUCUGAAAAAAAUUAUCUUUAAGUUUGGUUUGCAUUAGUGUUCAUACAGAUUCUGUUUGAAAUUCUGAUUUUUUUUUUAAUUCUUAGAGAGCACCGAGGUUUGUUACUAGUUCCAGGAAAGUUCAGCUUUGAAAGAAAUUAUCACAGAAACAUUUUAGCAAUUUUGGCCUAGAUUUUGUGAUGGUCAGCGAUCUGCAUGAAAAAUUGAAAAUUAUAAACGAACAGAAACAAAAUUGUAGACAGUGGAAAAUUUACAGUUUUGUGUUAAAUUUCUAUCAAUUAUCAUCACAUUUCUAGAUUGACACUCACUCCAUUCAUCUGGAAAUAAAACGAUCCAUUAUAUUCAAUAAACAGUUUCACAACUUAUUAAAAGUUUCUCAUGUCAUCUUGUCAGACACAGGGUAGUCUCCCUCAUAGGAAUUAAUGCACGUGAUGAACAAAAAAAUAACAACCACAACAGGUAUUUUCAUCAACUUUGGUUAGCUGUAAACUUUGUAUUAGAUAAAACUGGGUACAAAUUAAUAUUUCAGGUUAUUCAUGUCAUUGAAUAUACAUUGUUUAGCUUCUGUUUGGUACAAUGAAGUCUUUGAAGUUAACCGCAUUUUGAGCACACACAACGCCACUAUGACAGGAUCUUAUUCAAGCCUAUGAUAACCAUUUUGUUUGCCAAGUUUGCAAUAUCUUGGUAAAACUAUGUUCAAUGUCCAUACCAAGUUUUUGUUUGACAAAUACGAUGUUUCCAACAAUGUUCAGACAAGCAUGAAAGAAUUGUAAUAAAUUAUUUUGUUUGGAAUUGAAGAA